AUCACUUAUUUCAUUAUUAAAUUCAUAUGUAAUCUACAGUGCUGAGAAUUGGACUGAGAUUGUUUUGCAUCUUAAACUAGAGUUUAAUGGCAUAAACUUGCUCUGCUUUCAUUCCUCUGUAGAUAGAGAGUAGAAGGGUCUGAGGGAAAUCUAAACUGUGCAGGAGGGGCACCCACUGUCCACUGGUGCAGCUUGUUUUCCAACACACGCUUUUAAACUGUCUACAAACCAUAUUUUUUUCUGCCAGUAUUUUUUUUUAAUACAUUUAUUUUUCUGGGACUAUAAUUUUUUGGAUAUAUCUACUAUUGACACACAGAAGAAUGACUGAUUAUCGAUGUUGACCAGCCUGCAGCAGAAGACUUAAAGAUGAUUUGAACCGUCAAGAAGGCUGUUGAACCCACAGUAUGACUGAGCUUGAAGUCUCAGGGCCGGGGGAACAUCCCCCUUCCUAUAUGAUCUUUGUGGUGGUCUUCCUCUUCUUCCUCACUGGUCUGCUGGGCUUCCUUAUCUGCCACCUGCUGAAGAAGAAGGGCUACCGCUGUCGCGCUGGGGAUAUGGAAGAUGAUGAUGAGGAGGAGGAGAAGCUGGGAGGGAAUGCAGACGAUGAGGAUGAGAACCAGGAUACAGUGGAGCAGAUCCUAAAAUGCAUCAUUGAAAAUGAAGCCAAUAUGGAAGCUUUCAAUGAAAUGAUUGGAAACCAUAACGUCUGUGUUCGUCACGACCCGAGGUUGCGUAAGGAGUCCAUCGGUGGCAUUCCUCCCCAUCUCCACACAGUCCACUCAGGAACUGACCACAACACAUGCCACCUCUGUGCCCAAGUCAAAUCUAAAAAGGGACGAAGACACAGCCGAACUCCUCGUUUCAAACAACGGCCCGGGGAGCAGACAGUCUUCUCUGUUGGCAGGUUCCGGGUUAUUCACACUGAUAAGAAGCUCCAGGGAGCUCCAAAUCCACUGGUCGGUUCAGGAGACCAGCUGAACCAAUCUCAGGAUAGUGAGGAGCGUAAGGAGGGUGGAUACAAUUUGAGAAACAUGUUCAAGGAUGUCCGACCGCCUUCAGAGAACACCAAUGGCGUUGCUCCGGCUGUGGGGAAACGCAGAAAGAGUUUAACCAUAUUUGGGUUAAGGCGGGGCAGUGACCCGGUUCCUGCUAAAGCAGGAGAGGGGACUGAAAGGGAGACUGGAGGUGUAAGAUUUGCUAUUCAGCAGCAACCAGUGGUGAUGGAAGAGCGGUCACUGGGAGAGAACACUGAAGUUAUCUCUAGCAAACCUGGAAUCAAACCUAAAACAGAGCCAUCAAAAAAUCCAAUCCCUGCUUUUCCAAAACCUGAGGCGAAAACUUCAGAUCCAGAAGGUGCUCCCUUGACCUGUGACUUGAGAAGUGCUCCUCAGGAUGGCUCUCAACAAGGACGCUCUCCUGAACUUGGUAUAAACCUUGGGAUCAAGCCUCCAGCUGGGUCUACCCCAAACUCACUUCCUGUUUUACCUCCUGCUCCAUCUGGACAGAUAGUAAAGACAGCUGAGAGACCAACAGACCUCAAGAAUAAAGUCUUAGAAUAUGAAGAUGGAUAUGAUCCUGGGCCUGUACAGACCUCCACACCCAUUGCCCCAAUGUACGGAUCCUUGAUUCCCACUAAUCAGCCUCAAUCCUACCCUAGCAAUGACUAUCCAGUCACCCAAACUCCUCCUGAUCAAAGCUCCAGUCCAGAUAAUGAUCAAGGUUUUGGUGCUAACCUAGCUUUAAUAAGCCUAGGGUCAUCCCCUCCAUCUUCAUACCCAAUACAGUCUCAAUCUUCAGCUUCUUCUCUGAAAACUCCUACCUCACCCCUGGCGAUUACACCAAGCCCCAAAUUAAGUACAAGAAAUACACCACUGGAGGCCACAAAGACUGGCUUUUCACCAAUACUUACUCCAAGUCCUAAACUCCCAUCAGGCCGGGCUCCAUCUUCAUCCUUUGGAUUAAGUGCUAGUCCACUACAAGUCAGAACUCCUUCCCCUGGUUUUACAUCUGGUCUCAACUUAGAAACCACACCUGUAUCACCAAGAACCCCCUCUUCCCCUGCAGAUCAAAAACAAUCCUCUGAACGUUCACCUCAUCUGACACUGAAGUCAGAAGGUGUCACAUCUAAAGGGGGUACAGAUUCAAGCCCCUUACCUGUGAGGGAAGAAGAGCAAGAAGGAGCCAGUAUCCCAAGGAGAGAGGAAAAGACAGAAGUGAAGAGGGCUGGGAUCCUCAAAAAAGCCAAACUUUCACCGGUAGAGGGAUAUCAGUUCUAUGAAGACAGACCCACCAAUUUGCUUCUGUCGCCUUCCAGUCCAUUGUCCCUGUCCUCGCCUACAGAGGGCAGGAUUAGCGGUGUGACAAUCGUGAAGGCAAGCCCUGACAGCAAGAGAGAGUUUUCUGUUGUCACCAUGGUGGAAAACGAGGACUCAUCAACUCCAACCAAAGAGCAGGAAAGAGAGACUUCUGAGCUUGGUGACAAAUCUGGAACUAGUUCAGCAGUUGAUAAAGAAAGGGAGGUUUUUGCUCCAGGUGUUGGAGAACCUAAGAGACAAAGUGGAGAGUCUUCUGGAGCAAAGGUUAGGCCCACUGUGAGUCAAGACAGGGAUGAUAUGAUGGAGAUGGAAGAUAUAAGAGACUGCAAAGUCACUCAGGAAGAAGAAGUAGAGAGUAGAGAGGAAAAGGCAUCAAGUGUAUCAAAACAAGACUAAGGUUUAGAGUCUCACAUAAAAAAUGGUGAAUGUUUGAUUCAAAAUGAGGCACCACUCAGCGGACUAGAUGAAAGGACACUUAGGAAUAAAAAAAAAUUAGGCAAUUAUAAACCUGCCUAUAUUCUUUUACCCUCGGCACUAGGUAUGUCACAGCAGGACAGGACCGGCUGGUUGAUUUAUGUAAAAUUGGACAAUGCUCUUCUACUUCUAGAUUUAAAAGAAGAUCCGUUGCAAGUUCAGCCCUUUUCCAAAACUUUACUCAUGCUUUAUGUCAUCAGCUAUAAAUUUACAAACGAUGCUUGCAAAUUUAUAAAAAUAUAUAUUGUUGGCUCCAGUUUAUUCUAAGUGUGAAAGGAAUAUGCAGCCAUAUUGCAAAUCUGUGAGGUUGCACAGUGGAGAUGAGGUUUCAACAUAAUGCUUUACCUAUUGUCAGUACAUAAAAUGUUAACAUACUUUAAACUAAUAUUGAUCACUUUUAUUAUGCUUAACCAUCCCAGUAUUUGCACUGAAAAACUUUUUGAGAAAAUAUUUGAUUCAUGCUGAUAAAAAAUUGAAAAGCAGUUGGCUAUGGUCACAAGCACGGUAACAAACUUGUGGUUGCACCAAGAGACCGCUAAUUUGUUUCUGGAUUCCAUCCCAUCUCUUUCAACAUUGUAUAAGAAAUAUCAAGUUUCUUGAGAUAUUUACAAGAUCUGCCAAAAAUAAACAUGAACAGUGUCUGCAAUGUUGAGCAUGAGCACGGGAUUAGGUAGCGUCUUCUUGGGACGCCCAGUUCGCGGCUUGCCUCUGACAUCCCCCCCGUCAGGUGGAACUUUGCCAUCUCAGUUUGGAGAUGGUACUCUGGCUCACUGAAAUAAUGACACAACUUGGUUUUGCUGAACAUCAGCUUGAAGUUUCUAUGUUGCACAGGUCCUAUCCAGAUCAGUCAAACGUGAUUAUGGAACAGACACCUACGGACAACUGUAGCAGGGCCCAUGCUCACAGGUGCUGACAAUCAGCACCUUGGAGUGCCUGAAGCUCAAAACAAGAGUCAGUAGCAACAGCAGCGUAAGCUGUUUGGCAUUGGCAGAGAAGAUUUGGCAAAUUUUUCAAGGCCACAACCCACAUACAGUACUCAUCUCUGCUGCUCGUCCCAAAAAUGCAUGUCCCUUACAAAUGUGCCACCAUCUAAAUGGGAAAUAAAGAGGCUUUCCAGCCAAAAGGAUUCUCAUGUGUUUGCAAAGCUAGCUUGCUUUUUUUUUUUUAACUUUACAUACUAUUUGCCCAUGACCCAAAGAUCAGGGUACAGAUGAAGUGAUUUCAGGCCAUUAUGCUACAGAUCCAUGAGGAUGUCUGAGCCUCAUAGUUAAGGUGUAGAACUAUAUUAGUUCUGUCUCCAUCAUAGACUCAUGUAACUUGUAAAACUUGAUUCUCCUUUUCUGCUUGCUUCUGGAAGCAGGGAAACAGGCAUAAUUGAUCUGGUCACAUUGUGUGAACAUUUGAUUUUGAACAGAUCUUGGAGGCAACUUGCAAAACUACAUUUCUUCUGGCAAUCUAGAUGUGGACAGGAUGUAAUCUGAGCACCUAUUUGUCAGCUCUUGGUGCAACUGGAAGUUCAUCCCCACACUUGUACAUUUAGAAUAUUAAGUAAAAUAAAAAUACUAUUUUUUAUAUUGUGCCAAUUUGAAGUGCUAUCACUAUCGGUAUAUCUAAAAACAUAUUUCAAGUUCUUAAAGUAUCUUAUUUGGACAAACUUAACAAUCCUUUAUGAUAUAAAUCAACUUUUAUGUUUGAGUUGCAUCUCUCAGUAACUGCUUUUUUCUUCAAUUCAAUUCCCACUCACUCUGGAUUUACAUGAUAAAAUGGCUCACCUUUCUGUGAAUGCUUCAACUUUCAGCCAAGCCAAUGAUUUUGAAAAACCAACUGGGGCAAAAAUAAUUUGCAUAAAGUAUAACUUGUGCUCAUAGCGCUGUUAGUUUGCAUCAGUAGAGCAAUUUGAUUAUCAUGAUUAUGUCAAACAGUGGAGCUUUUAAUUAUUAACAUUGUUUUAAUACAAAUUGAAUAAUUAUCAGAUCAUUUACAAGUGGUAACACUACCCCAGUCGUACAUGGUCAGUUCUCCAUCAGUAUGUUUGACUUGUUUAUGACAUUCUUGUAUCACUAUUUUUACAUGUUUGCUGCAGGCCUAGCAAAACGUCAGUCUAGCUUUGGUUAUUUUGUUUGAUCGUCGGUCUGCUGAGCCAACAUUAAGGACAUCUCAUGAAACCUCAGCCCAUUACUAACAGUUAAGUAAACAUUGUAAGACAACUCGUAUUCUGCUGAAAAAAAAACAAUCAUAAUCAUAAUAAUGAUAAUGAAAAUUGGAGAGGCAUCCAAAUGGUCAAGCCCUUGUUAUUUUGGUGAAUGCAAGCUAUUGCUUAAUAACUAUCUGCCACUAGUUGGGCUGUGCCCACAAAACACACCAUCACUGUGUACAAAUACAAAAACUGGCCUAUUUGGCAUCAUUUUAUCUCCUACCCAGUUUGGGAAUCUGGAUUAACAGCAAAAACACAGUUUCUCUGCAGGCAGUUUAAACAGUGGGGUUUGUACGGUAUCACAAAGUAAAUUUGAGAUAACAUCAUUCUUUGCACUAGGAAUUGGUUGGUCUAAGAAAAGGUAGUUGUUUGCUGUGUAAAAAAUCAUCAUCUUGAUUAAUGUUGAGUGAACAAAUUAUGAAUUAUUGGGUGCACUCUAAAAUAGCUACUUGAUACAACACAUUAUAUAGAGUUUCUUAAACUAUACAUAUCAAGUGAACAUAAAGAUUUAUGUCGAGCCAGCAUUUUCUGGGGCUCAACUUUAAUAGUUGCCCCAACUACUUUAGUUGAGCCAACCGAAAUGUGUACACUAUUUUGCCAAAAGUAUUCAGUCACCCAUCCAAAUAAUUGAAAUCAGGUGUUCCAAUCACUUCCAUGGCCACAGGUGUAUAAAAUCAAGCACCUAGGCAUGCAGACUGUUUCUACAAACAUUUGUGAAA